AUGAGUUCUUGGAAAUGGCUUCCUAAUUUCAUUUUCCAAAUCUGUCUCAUAAACCAUGUUGCUAUUGUCAAAUCCCAGUUCCCAACUCCAAUUUUUAUUCAUUUUAAAUGUCAAAAUAAUGGUAGUUACACGAGUAAUGGAACAUACAAGAAAAAUCUUGAUGCCCUCCUUUCCUCUGUCUCGCCAAAUAUUGACGCCAAUGGAUUCUACAAGGCCUUCAAGGGAGAAAAUUCUGAUAGAGUCAACUUGAUUGCACUAUGUAGAGCAGAUCUUCAGCCUUACCAAUGUCGUGAUUAUGUCAAAAAUGCUACGGCUGAAAUCUUAAAGAAGUGCCCUUAUAAAAAACAAGCAAUUAUAUGGCACGAAUUUUGCAUGGUACAAUACUCCGAUGUGGCUAUCUUUGGAAAAGUUGCGUACUCUCCAUUCGACUGGGGUUAUAGCAAGGAAAAUGUUCCCGAUGAACACAAGUUUUACCACGAGUUGUACAUAUUAUUGGAUAGUCUUCAUAAUCAGGCCGCUUAUAAUAGAUCACCCAAGAAAUUUGCUGCUGCCAGUCGAGCUAACCCGGAUUAUCGGACAAUUUAUGCUUUUCUGCAGUGCACACCUGAUAUUACCCCACAGGAUUGUGGCGAUUGCUUAUCACGGUCUGCCUUAGAGAUUCAACACUGUUGUCGUGCGGCAAGAGGAGUUAGGAUCCUUAGGCCUAGUUGCUAUCUUCGUUUUGAAACCGAUCCUUUCUACAAUGAAACCAUGGUCGAAACAGUACUCUAG